UAAAUCUGUUGCAAUUGUGUAACCAUUUAUCUCACAAGGAAAUGACAUCAUGUGUUGAGUGUAUGGUCGCCUCGUCCAUCCAUAUUAAACAGCAAAGACAAUACAGAACAAAGCAGUGGAGUCCAUGAGCCAGCAUGCUGAUAGACUUCCCCCGUUCCCCAAGCUGGUCUCUAAUAUGCAUGCAGACAACUUCUUUGUGGAUAUUUGGAUUUCCUCACCAUAGCAACAGAGCUGCAAAACCGUGCUGUACAACCUCUCAUCAGACACAGUCGUGUCUAGGCAUCGCACGACGCACGGGAGCCAGACGAAAGGGAGAUAAGAAGAGGAAAAAGACAGCGGGGAAAAGGACACUGCUGCCUCGCACCUAAUUUUCUGUGGGAAUUCUCCUCAUUAGGACCAUGACAGCUCAGUUACAACGGCUCCGAGGUGCCAAGGGUCAUGCUCACAGUCACCGCUCGAGCAAUCAUUCCUGCGCUCAGCUGAGGGACAAAUGGAUGGAUGCAACAAUUUCACUCUUUGCUCACCAUGACAGAGCCUCUCUUUGCUGAAUCCUUUUGUGUCAGACUGCCAGGCUUCGAUCAAGUUUUAGUUAAUUGCAAAAGAGCGGCUGGAAAAGCUCCCCCUCCACUUCCACGAUGCCAAUGUGUUCAUGCCUCUGAUUUUUCCACUAAUUCUGCUCUCUGGUCUCUGUUUACCUCUGUCUGCUGCUUUCUCCACCCCUUUUCCUCAGUCUCUCAUGCUUUCGCGCUCCCUCCCACAGCUCGCUAUCUCUCCUCCCCUCGUGCCUUCAAAGCCAGCAGUCUGCUCGUCACUCCAGGGCUGUUUGCUACAUGAUCUCUUGGAAAACAGCAUCCACAUCUUGCUCGAGCUGCUCCAUGUGCAAGUCUUAAGAUUUCUUGCCCAGGACGGCAGGAUGCUCCUGCACUGGCACUGAUUCUUUGUUUUCCAUUUCCCUCCCCUUUCCUAAUCUCCUGCCCUCUGACCCUCAUCCCUCUAUCCCUGACCCUAUUCCCUCUCUUUUGCCCCUCUUUCUUGACAAUGUUGCCAUGUGUCUACUGGCUCCAGCCUGUCCUUGCCUUGCUCUUCUUCGAUUUGUUCACUCAAGGGGAAAACUGUCCAGCAACCUGCCUUUGCCCAGACCCUCACACUGUGGACUGUAGUGGGCGCAGACUUAUCCAUCUUCCAGACGAGAUCCCCUUGGAUGUGCGGAGGCUGCUGUUGGCAAACAACUGGAUCCCAUGGAUUCCUUCAGAUUUCCUUGUGCUCUACAGCGACCUGGUCUACCUGGACCUCCGUAACAACUCACUCUCGCACAUCGAGCCAGGCACCCUAAGCACUUCCUCCAGGCUGGUUUUCCUGGACCUCAGUUGCAAUAACCUGACAGAUAUCCCCAAAGGGACUUUUGGGGAGACAAGGAGCUUAAUUAAGUUGCGCUUGGGCAACAACCCGCAUUUGAGCAUGGUCAACGAAGAUGCUUUCAUGGGUCUUACCUCCUUACGUGAACUAGAACUAGAAUGCAAUGCUCUGUCUGGGUUACAGGUGGGUGCCCUCAGCCAGCUGCCCUCUCUCAGGGUGGUAAGGUUAGAGGGCAACCCUUGGGUGUGCAACUGCAACUUUGCCAACCUGUUCACCUGGCUAUUGGAAAACAUUCACAAGCUUCCCAAUGGUAUAGAGAGUAUGGAGUGUUCCUUGCCCACCGAUGGACGCCGUGUGCCUCUCAGCCAUCUCUCCCAGGACAGUUUUCGGGAGUGCCAGAUCACCCUCACCCUCACUGAUUUCCUCAUCAUCAUCUUCUCUGGCAUCUCCGUCUCAGUAGCCGCCAUCAUGGCCAGCUUCUUCCUGGCAUCCACCGUCCACUGUUUUCAGCGCUGGAGCAAGGGCACUAAAGGAGAUGAGGAGGAGAGUGAAGAAUGAAGAGGGAAUUUAGAGCUUGAAUGACCUUCAGUCUGAUUCAGAGCUACCAGUUCCUGACAGAGUUCAAACAAACAGCGUGACUGAACAGAAACAAGGUAGAACUCGGGCAGAAAUAACAUGAUUGAUAGUGUCAGCAUAGUAGGGACACAGUACCCUCAGAAUCGAAGACUAUUUAGUAUGAAAUCAAGCCUUAGUAUGCAAACUUCCAGGGAUUUACUUGUUAAAGGAAAUUCUUUGAGAUCUUGUCCUGCAGUAGAGUUUCAGUGUUGUUGAAUACUCGUGUUUCCCUUCAUGUAGUCAAUACAAAGCUAGCAAAAUCCAACUGUAAUACUUGUUGAUUGUGCCAAAUUAGCACAGGUAGACAGCAAUGAUUCAGACAAGCACUAAUGAUCGAUGGUGAAGAAUUAUCACUAUAGAAAGUCAUGCAAGGUUAUGUUGCAGCUUUAUACAGCCAAGUAUACAUGCUAGAAGCCAUUUUCCUUCAAGUUUAAAAGAUGGGAAAAAAUGACUUAGACCUUAGAGAGAUUUCAGAAAGCAUUACCUGUAAUUGUAAGUAUAGAGCUUCAUGUGAAUAGUUGUGUCAAAUACCGCACUUUAAAAUGGUCCUACCUGACAUCGGCCCUCAAACCACCAGGUACACUGGUUCAGCCCAGAUCUGCCAAAGAAUGCUUUGGUUGAGGGACUGAGGUUGAUAUGUUUUGAAAUAUAGAUUUAUUUUUCUUUAAAGAAAGUUUGUGAUCUUAGCAAGAUUACAUUUAUUCAGCGUAAUAAUGAUACUACUCACAUAUAAUGAUAUA